GCAUUCACCAGCAGACGACACACAAUCAGCUGAUGGGCGUCCACACUGAGCGCACUCCACACUUCAGUAGAGAUGAAGGUCUUACAUCAUGGAAUUCGCCGCUGCCACACCCUGGCACUUAAGAAUGGCGCUAAGUACGAUGCUGUGAUUGUAGGAGGAGGCCACAAUGGGCUGGUAGCUGCCGGCUACCUGGCCAAGGCUGGCAAGCGGGUCUGUCUACUGGAGCGGCGCCACGUGCUGGGCGGUGCUGCUGUCACUGAGGAGAUAGUGCCGGGGUUCAAGUUCUCAAGAGCCUCUUAUGUCCUGGGACUCUUGCGGCCAAAGGUCUAUCAAGACUUGGAUUUAAUGCACCAUGGCCUCAAGAUAUACCCAAGGGAUCCCAGCUCCUACACACCCCUGAGGGAAGACCACUGGGGCAAGGGUGGCCGGUCCCUCACCUUGGGUCCUCAAGAAGCCAUGAAUCACCAGCAGAUCUCCCAGUUCUCUGUGAAGGAUGCAGAGGCUUUACCACAGUUAGAGGCAUUACUGAACAAGUUUGCAGAGGCCAUUGCACCACUCCUGGAUGCCUCACCUCCUGAUAUUAACAAGUUUCACAAUUCAGGACUCAAGGGCAAAGUGAAGGAGUUGUCAUCUGUGAGUCCCCUUGUGAAGACUGCUGCAGCCUUGGGUAAAGAUUUCCCUCAGUUCUAUGAGCUCAUGACGGCACCAGCCACCAAAAUCCUGGAUCGCUGGCUGGAGUCUGAGCCCCUCAAGGCCACGCUGGCGACAGACAGUGUCAUUGGUUCCAUGAUGAGUCCAAACACACCAGGCAGCGGGUAUGUGUUGCUGCACCAUGUGAUGGCUGAGGUGGCUGGGAUGAAAGGUUCUUGGGGCUACCCUGAGGGGGGCAUGGGAGGAGUCACUCAGGCCAUGGCCCGGGCAGCCACCAAGGCUGGGGCUCACCUCUUCACCAACAAGCCAGUGAAGAGCAUCCUGCUGGGGGAUGGGAAGGAGGCUGUUGGGGUGGAGUUAGAGGAUGGCAGCUGCGUAUAUGCCAACACUGUGUUGUCCAAUGCCACAGCACACAUCACCUUCCUCAAGCUGGUGCCAGAAGGGUCUCUGCCUCCAGAGUUUGAGGCGUCUGUGAGGGGCAUCGACUACUCCUCUCCUGUGUGUAAAAUCAAUGUUGCUUUGAAAUCCCUCCCAAACUUCAAGGCGGACCCCAGCAGCAGCAGCAGCACCGUAAUGCCUCACCACCGCUGCACCAUUCACCUCAACUGUGAGAGGACGGAGCUGCUGGAAGAAGCGUACACCCAGGCCCACCUUGGCCAGAUUCCUGACGUUCCCAUGAUAGAGAUGACCAUGCCAAGCAGCUGUGACCCAACCCUGGCCCCACCUGGCUGCCAUGUGGCUCUCUUCUUCACCCAGUACGUACCCUACACACGGGGCGAUGGCCGGCCGUGGGAUGAGCAGACCAAAGCUGAGUAUGCCAAGAAGAUCUUCAGUGUGGUGGAUGAGUAUGCGCCAGGCUUCAGUGACAGCAUUGUGGGCUAUGAAGUGUUGCCACCACCUGACCUGGAGAAGAUAUUUGGCCUCACGGGAGGGAACAUUUUCCAUGGAGCAAUGUCCCUGGACCAGCUGUUUGUGUCCCGGCCAUCCCCUCUGCAGGCAGGGCCCACCACCCCCAUCCCUGGCCUGCUGUUGUGUGGGUCUGGGGCACACCCUGGCGGGGGUGUCAUGGGGGCAGCGGGCAGGCUGGCCUCCCUCGCUGCUCUCAGGGGGUAGAGGACUCACAGUGCGACAGGGCAGUGUUCUGUACACCCUGCUUAUAGCUGGCUCUCUUUUUAUUUCUUCCUUUUUUUUUUUUUUUUUUUUGGUGUAAAUUGUAUAAAAGGGGCUCUGACCAAAGGUAACAGAAAAGGCUGAGCAAAAAACCCACAGAAGGUGCCAGUCUUCAAAGAGAGCAGUCUGGGGUUGACCCUGAAAACUGUCUUAUCAUUAUUUUUUCAUUUAUACAUCUGAUUUUCUCAUACAAGUUGCAUAGCGCACAGAAAGAUUAUUAUAGCAGCUGGCUGUUAAAAGCAAGUUCUGCUGGGCAACAAUAUUAGUUAUGAACCAGUAAACCAAGCUAUGAACA